AUGGAGAUACGAGUAGCUUCCCUGGCCAGCAUGAAGGACAUAGAAAAAAGUGCUAAAGAGCUGGUCACGGAGGCCAAUCUAAGGCUAGUUGGCCUUUUGGCCCCUCACCAAGACGUGAGGGAGACAACUGCGGGGAAUUCCACUGCCAUGUCAUCUGAAGAUCUGUUCAAGCUUUACAACGUACCUACUGUACCUUCGAGCAAGAAGAAGGAGAGCAGGCGACACUGUGGAGAGAGCAGCAAGGCUCCUCCAACGAAAAAUGCUCGGACUAGGGAUCCUCCAGCAGCGGUUCCAUCUCGGGAAACCACACCACCUCCGGCCCCCCUUGACCAGACAUCUCCUCUAGCUCCAACCGAUCAGACUUCUCCUCCAGCACCCGAUCAGACACCUCCUCAGGCACCGACCAGCCAAAUGCCUCCUGCCCAAACAUUGACGAGUAUCGUGCUUAGUUCAGCCAAGGAAAGGUUGACUAAACUACCGAGGCAUCGCCGCAGCCAAGAGGCUAUCACUGGUACCGACUCCAUGGAAGUUGACCAUAUCAUCAAUCGCACGCUGAAUGAAAUAGCCAGUGGAAUGCUAACUAUGACUGCCAGAUGGCGCCGUUCGGGGGCUUUGAUCACUCAACUCCAAACGUCUGAGGCUAAACAUGCUGAGGAGCUCAAGGCGGACGAAGCCAAACAUACCGAGCAACUUGAAGCAACCAAGGACAGACAUACUGAGCAGCUGAAAGCAGUCGAGAAGACUAAUGCUGAGCUGCUCGAUCAGAAGAACAAGCUAGCAGAAGAGCUGAAGCAAUUCCAGGCUGCCCUGACCAAAGCCAUUGACGAAAAAGAGAAGUUUAAGGAGUCUUCCAAACUUAACUUCCAUGAAGCCAAACAGCUUGAGGCUGAGCUGGUUGCUAGCAGAAAGGACACUGAAGAGCUGGAGGGGAGAAUCAAAGAGCUCGAGGAGACUAAUGCCAGUAAUUGGAGAGGUACAAGGGUGCCACCUUCAACUGCUUUUACGAGUUUUGGAAGCACAAUCGCGAGGCUGAUUUCAACUAUCUUUCUGAGCACCUGA